AAUGCUCUGAUAUACAUUUGGGGCCCUUGAGAAGAUUCCCAUAUAAUACCUGGGAUAAUACCUGGGAAUGUAAUGGGGCCAUUGCAAUACAGGCGGUCUGUAAACCACAGCUGUUACACGUGAUAUACAAGAGUUCCUGGCAAUGGGGAGAACUGAUGAUGCCCACAGCUUCAUGUGUGAAAGGCCGCCGACUCUUAAUGUGAGACUAUACGCACGGCACCAUGCAACACUUUGAAUAGCAAACCAUGAGCGGUUUUCUCCUUGUGUUGCUGAUGUCAUCCACAUAUGUCAGGCACAUCACUUCCUGCCCUGCUUCCUGUGUCGUGUGUUCAGAGGAUGCCAUCAUCUGCCAGAAGCUCUCCAACAUCAUAGGAGUUCCCGAGACCACUAAGGUCUUGAUUCUCACAGAUGGGCAGAUCGACAUCGUGGACAGCGGCAACUUCUCGGACCUGUCAAACAUGAGAUUGCUGGGCUUGAGCAACAACGCCAUCACCAACAUCACCGAAAGUGCCUUCCAGAACCUCACGGUCCUUAAAGUCCUGCUUUUGGACCACAACCUCAUCACCAGCUCGUCCAUAUUCCGCUCCACCUUCAGCCCGCUCCAGAGCCUGGAGAUCCUACGGCUGGGGAACAACGCGAUCCGGGUCAUCAACGGCGGCUGGUUCCGCCACACCAGGAGCCUGCUGACUCUUCAGCUGGAGGUGAACCUCAUCACCAGGCUGGACUCCGCCACUUUCCAGUCCUCCAACCUGGACAGCCUGGAGACGCUGGACCUGUCGGACAACCUCAUCACGCACGUCGGCCGCGGAAGCUUCCGGGCCCUGCCUCGACUGCGCCGGCUGGACCUGUCCAGGAACAACCUGCGCACGGCACCGGACGCCUUCUCCUACCUCUCCUGGCUGUCGGCGCUCCACCUGGACCACAACCAGUGGAACUGCACCUGCGAGCUGCAGGAGCUGUCCUCCUUCCUCAGCAGCUACAUGGAGGCCCCGGACAAGGUCCUGUACAACGGCCGGCAGCUGGUCUGCCUGAACGCCGACAACCCCGCCGUGCAGACCGUGCUGCAGCUGACCGAGGCCAACUGCGUACCGCCCAACAAGAACAUCACCCUGGUCGUGGCGACCAAGGGCAGCAUCUCGGCCCGGCAGUAUGCCAGAGAUGUCACUUUGGCUGCUCUGUUCUUCUUCGCCGGUGGUGUGGCACUAACAGUUGGUGUCCUAUACAUUUUCUACACCAAACUGGAGCUAAAAAAAGCCUUGGGUGCUUGGAGGGACAGGAACUGGGAUGAUGAAGGAGAUGCUCACCUUGGUGGGACCAUCCAAAAUCAUGGGUUGCCAGAGUUAAGCUUCACCGGGGAUAACAAGGCGCAGGUCCUCUCCAUCACCCACCCAGGGCAGGAGACCAAACUGAUGAGUCCGAACAGCAUGGUGCUGUCCAACCAGAGGCCCUGGCUCAGAGAGGGGGUCCCAUCUGGCAUGGGGCCAGCUAUUCCCAAGCACCAUUUUGUCUGCCAUCGCUGCAGUCCUGAUUUAGGAAGUCAGAGGCAAUAUCAGAGGAGACAAGGUGGGCAAAGCUUUCUUAGCAGACAAGAGGAUGUUCUGUACCAUCACAUGGAUUUGGAGCAUUUUAUAGGAGAAAAACAACCACUGAGUCAGAUUCGCCACUCUCCACCCUCCCACAGAAAAGCACCCACUCCAUACAGUGCAACACAUGGCGAAACGCAAACAAACAGAACUAACAGGGACAUAGUUGGCAGUUACUCCCGCCGUAAUGGCCACACCCAGACCAUUCAUACUCUGCCAGACUAUCUCACGGUCCACUGCUCGCGCUGUCUCAAAACCCACGAGUACAGGCAAGCUAGGAGCACAGUCAGAACUGCCGAAACGGAGACCACCACUGAGGGAACUCUCGAGACUAGGUAUACAAGGAAGGGACUGUCUGAACCAAACCCAAACGCACAACCACACAGAGAGAGAGGACUUAAUGACACAGAAAGCCAUACAGGUGUGGAGGGUUAUGGUGGACAACUUCAUACAAGGAAUCCUGCAAUGAAUAUACCCCUGCAGAGGACUGUUACUUUCAACUUAACAGGGUCUGAAAAACACAUGAUAUCUGCCCCAAAGAAGAAAUCUCUUAAGGUCAAAGAUCAUAAGGUGAAAAGCUCAGGUGCGUACAAGCUUAAAGAAAAGCACAGGGCCAGCAAAAGCAACAAGCACGAGAAAGGAGAUCAUUUAAAAAGACACAAGCAAAGAGUUCAGUCAAAUGGUUUAUUGAAAGUAAAGCUCAACCUGACUCCCUUUAGGAAAAAUAGAGUCCACCCCAGAGAGCACCACAACCAGGAGGAUGUGCAGUCAAAAUUAGAAAGAGCUGGCACAGUGGCUAAAAAAUCCAAGCUGAUUUUGAAAGAUAGAAAGAUCAAAUUUAAAAACAGCAGGGACAGCCAUGCUGUGUCAGAAACAAAGAAAAAAGGUAGUAAGGUAUCCAAGACAGACAAUAUUGAUCAUGCAAAGAAGCUCAUCCAGUCAAAUUCUACUGAACAAUCACGUGACCUCUCCAAACCGAGGGUUAAAUCUUCCAGGCCUAAGACCUCCAGAAAAAUGGAUAAAGUUAACCAUACUGAAAAGAGACCACGUGAUUUAGAUGGUGUUGAUCAAGAGAUAACGGAAUCACACACUCCUCAAAGGAAACGUACCAAGAAAGGAAGACAAAAGGAAUUGUCAAUGGAAGAUGAUGCAAUGGAGCAUCAGGCAAACCUUGUGAAGUCAGAGGAAGAAAAUUCACUGUCACUUUCUAAGUCCUCAAAGAGGGGUAAGAACUCUCCAGAGACCGACAGAGACAGUCAAGAAGGUUCAGCAGAGCCAGAGUGGAGAAAACAGCCCCAGACUGUGAACAUCAUAUGCCAAACAUCAGUUAAAGACAAUUCAAAUGAUGCAGCAAGAACACUGGAGUUAAAAGAUGAAGAGCCUUUAGGUAGCGGUGGUGUGCCGGUCUUACAAAAAAUGUCACCCAAAGAGGUCGCAAAUAAGGACCAACCAGCCAACCUGGAGUUAAAGGAGGGUGAGGAACGGCCACUUGUGCCCUCUCUGAAUUCAGCUGUACUCCAAACCCGAGUGAACUUUCCCGAUACAAGUCCAACUGAAGAAGCACAGCAUGCUCACAUGCUGGACCUUCGAGAGGCACUUGUGGGACAAAAACCUCUACUUCACGCAGGAAGCGGGAGCACAGAGUCUAUUCGUGAAGAUUCAAGUAUCAUCCAAGAACCAACAGCUCUCACUGCAGAUGAGACGGGGAGAGAAUUGGCAGACACAAUGUCUGUGGAGGGUGGAACCAAGCAAUCUAGCCCUGGCCCUGUAAGACCAACACGGGGGGACCAGGAAGGACAGCACAUCCCAGAAAUGGACCUAGGGCAGGAGGAACCAAAACCACUGUCUGACCAAGGAAGCACUGACAUGCUACCUAAUCAGGAACCAGGGAGCAAGUUCAUGGACACAUCGACUGUGGAGGGAGAAUCCAAAAAGGAGAGCACUCCCCCGCUUGGCAGCAUUCAAGGAGACACCUCAGAUGGGGCAAUGAUGACGGACAUUCCAGGUACCAGCCCACAAGCCGGUGUAGGCCCUGCAAUUCCAGAGUCAUACACAGAGCCACUUGCACAUGCAGACAUGGACGGAAGUUCACUUGCUGACCCAUUGGCUGCUCCAGAUACACAGCCGGUCUCAGAUCAAAUGACUGCGGGCGGGCCUGGACCCACUAACCCUUUGGACGCGGAAAACCUCUCCAACAACAACAGCAUGAAGCCAGGCUCAUCGCAUCCCAUUAUUCUCCAAGAAUACUUGCCUCCCUCGGAUGGCUCUCCGAAAAGAAAGCUCCGGCUCAUUAUUCCCGAGAGGCCAAGGAGCAGGCCAAUCACUCCCCUCGACAAGAAAAUACGCUAGGCCAGAGGGCUAAUAUAUACACUUAAGAGAGGUCUAUCUCUUUGUAAACAGUCCUAAGGAUCUAAUUCAGUGGCUGUAUGUUUACUGGCAGUAUGUACAGUAAAGAUAAUGUGCAUGUACUGUAUGUCUCUUUGUUGCAUCUGUAAAAAGUAUUUGUAAUUACAUGAUCUGUAAGAAGCCCCUGACAUAUUGAGGACAGUAUUAAAUGCAAUUGAUGACAACAUGCAGACAGAUAAGAUAACCAGUUAAAUCUAUAUAUAUUUCGCAUUAGCAAUUGCUGUAUAUGUAAAAUGUUGGACGUUUAAGCACUCCCAUUCUUUUAGUUAUUUCAUAUCAAUUGUGCAAUGUGUUAUUUUUUAUGGCGUACAACAUUACAUUAUUGGCAUGGCAAUGGCAUGGCAUGGCAUGGCAACAUGUUUAUGUUCUUUUGACUUAAUGUUUCUGAGCAUAAAUAUUUAUGCAAACUUAGGCUUUCAGAAAACUGAAAAGCUUUCAGAUCGUCCUUCUGAGGUCAAUCUUAGGCAGGUGGGGGCAGGAAAUGUUGUGAUCAACAUUGUGAAUUCAGUGGAACUGAUGGUCCUCUUACCAAUACACUGGU